AUGACAGAUGAUGAUAAAAUUCGCUUGCAGUUUGCCUUGGAUACAGAAGAAUUUGGAAAACAGGUAUUGAACAAUAACUAACAUGGUGAGCUCAUCUACAUCUUUGACAAUUCUUGAAUGGAAGUCGGAGGGGGGGGGGGUGCCCAUACUUCUUUAAGAAGGAUAAAAUUAUUGUAUUUAUAUGUAUUUUUCUUUGUUUUUAGAUAUCAUCUCUUGGCAUAGCAGUUGACAAGGUUUCAUCAUACAAAAAACUGGUAUCUUUUGUAGAAAGCGCUAGAAAUUCAUCAAGUAAUAAUAGUGCAACAUAA